AAUGGUGGAGAUUUUCAUUAGAUUUGCUCAAGUGAAAAUGCCACCGGAGACAAUCUGCUCCCCCCAAUCGUGUUGCCUUGGUUUUGUUGUGUUCUGUUAUACUUUACUUGUUUCCUGUGUGUGCUUUGUUUCAGAAAAGUCUCUCUCUGCAGUGAUUUGUUGAAUUUGUGAUGGGUGGAAGUCCUGUUGAAGAUGAUUGGGAGUUUGCAUCCUCAAUUCCUGAGGUUCGGACAGUGGUUUUGGUUGGACGUACCGGGAACGGAAAGAGUGCAACUGGUAAUAGUAUUAUUGGAAAAAAGGUAUUCAAGUCUAGGGCUAGCUCCUCCGGCGUCACCGCCUCUUGUGAAAUGCAAACAACUGAGCUGAAGGAUGGACAGAUUGUUAAUGUUAUUGAUACUCCAGGAUUAUUUGAUUUUGCUGCUGGAUCUGAGUUUAUUGGCAAAGAAAUUGCCAAGUGCAUUGGCUUGGCCAAGGACGGGAUCCAUGCCAUCGUUGUAGUGUUCUCUGUUAGAGCACGAUUUACCGAGGAAGAAGAAAAUGCUCUACGUAGCUUGCAAACAUUAUUUGGAAGCAAUAUUGUUGAUUACAUGAUUGUGGUCUUCACUGGAGGAGAUGAACUAGAAGAUAAUGAUGAGACACUGGAUGAUUAUUUAGGCCGUGAAUGUCCAGAGCCUUUAAAGGAAAUCCUUUCUUUGUGUGGGAAUCGUUGUGUUCUCUUUGACAACAAGACUAAAGAUAAAAAGAAGCAAUUUGGACAAGUUCAAAAACUUCUCUCGUUUGUAAGCAUGAUAGUCUCACAGAAUGGUGGGCGGCCCUAUACAGAUGAGUUAUUUACAGAACUAAAGAAAGGAGCAAUGAAGCUGCAUAGCCAGCAAAGAGAGGUUGAAACCUUGGAAGGAUAUUCAAAAAAGGAGAUAUCGGAGCUUAAAAUGCAUAUGCAGCAAACUUAUGAUGACCAGCUAAAACAAAUUACUGAGAUGAUUGAGUCAAAGUUGAGGGAGGCAACUACAAGGCUUGAGCAACAAUUGGCUGAAGAGCAAGCUGCAAGACUAAGAGCAGAAGAUAGUGCAAAGGUAGCUCAGAAGAAAUCAGACGAUGAAAUACAAAAACUAAGAAAACAUCUUGAAAUGGCACAAGAAGAACUCCGCAAGCGAGGUGAUAAGGGGGGUUGUGCCAUUCUGUGAUAGUAGCUACUAACAGCUAUAUACUUAAAACUCUCAACCAGUUAUUUAAACUUUUCUUAUCAUCGUGUUGCGUUUGCUAGUACUUGUGUAUAAAUGUCGUGACUACUCUGCAAUUAUCAUUAUUCUGUGUUGAUAUCAUGCAUUAUGGAUUGAAGAUCUUUUCUAUUCUGGCUUUCAUGAUUUAAUACGUUUCUGUUCAUUUCUGUGUGCUGUGAAUAAGGUUAUUUACUCUACUA